AUUUAACCUGGUUUAUUCACACGUGAAACCAGUUUCGUCAGAUGGUUAGAAUCUUCUCUGGGUUAAAUUCUGUCGCUCUCCUUCGAUCUGUGGUACUUACACGACGUUUACAUUGUCGUAGUUUCCUAUCAUCUCAAAUUAGUGAAAUUAUGAAGCUUUACACCGACCGAGGAAAUCCAUUUCUGCUCAGCAUUUUGGCAGCAAAAAAUCUAGCAGGCGUUCCCCUUACUGUUCAAUACAUCAAUUAUGAAGGUCAGAUAAUUUUUUCCUCUAAAAAUAGGAAAGCGAAACCGGAACUGGUGUAGUUUUCUAACGUUCACCCAAUUCUGUUUUUUCUUAGCACUAGAUAUGUCUUCUGAAACGACUACAAGUUCAGAUCUAAAUAUGUCAUGGUCCAUGACUGGGAAUUACGCCUCUCUUUCCAUCACCUUCAUAUAUUUCCUCGUAGUAAAUUCCUUUCUGAUGCAAUCAGAAGUUCGUUAGACUUUGGAAUUGAAAGUGUGAAAUUGGGAUUUGGAUAGAAUGUUGUAAAACUGGAUUGGCAACAAGAUAAACGAGCUGUAGAUUUUAAAUAAAGAGAAGCUAAUGUCCCCCUAAGUACUCUCUCCAACUAAAGCAACAGGUAUUUGUUGUUCAAAUUUAAAACCUACAUGUAUUCAGUUUUAUAAAAUAUAUUCCUCACUCUCAUAAUUAAUGCAGCAAAAGAAGUAUAACAAAUCAAUCGAUAAUAGUUUAAUUGGUUAUGGGUAUAAUAACAGCACUAUGUUACCUUUCUUUAUCAGAUGGAAGCAAAUUUAAUUGUCCUGGAAAUAGGAAGGUUUGUUCAAAAUAUUUUAUUUCACAUGAAAUAGUUUUGUCAAGAGUGAACCCAUUGCUCUUGAAACUUGUUCCACUUUCUCUAUUAUGAACUAAUCAGGAAUAUUUGAUAUCUUAAGAAGGAAAUAUAUAUAUAUAUAAAUCUUGAUUAUAGUCUCAAUGUGUUUGUAGAGCAUGGUAUAUCUGAAGGUUAGACAAAUCAAUAAGACAUUAAUUUCCAAAUGCCACCAUGAGAACAAAUACUCCCUGGUGAACAUCGACAUCAGAUUAAAAUAGACAUACUAAUUCAUUAACUGCUAUAUAUAUUUAAACUUCAUGAGGUGUACUCUUCAUUAAAAUCUGUCUGAUGAUCGCAUAAGUGUGAAACUCAGUCACAGAAAAGUUAUAUCAAAUUGAUUUGUCCAACCUUCAGAUAUAUAUAUAUAUAUACAUACAUAUACAUAUAUAUAUAUAUAUAUAUAUAUAUAUAUAUAUAUAAUUAGCACCAUUGCACUGAUGAGGCCCGAAGGGCUGAAUCAGUACUGUCUAAAGUUAUAUAUAGAACUAUAUAUAUAUAUAUAUAUUCAAUAACUUUAGAGAAAACCAAAAGCUUAUUCUGUGACUUUACUUAUAGCUUCCAGUCCUUGAAGCUGAACAUGGAAUUUUACUAUACAGUACAAACAGUAUAUGCAGGUAUACAGGUUUGGAAAUAUCAUAAAAAUAUAGCAUUUGUGUGUAAUGAUCAAUAUUUUAUCAUGACAUCAAUUUCUGUUUUUAUUUUCUAUCACUCUAAAACCUAAAUACAUCAACUGACAAAUUAAUUGAUUAUUAAAAUGAUUUGUUAAUUAGUUAAUUAAUUGAUUGCAUAGAGGAUAUGGGCAGACCUUGGGGAAAUGGUAGAAUAUAAGUUGUGAUCAAAUUAAAGAUAAAUUCAAAGUGGCAACAUUGUUUAUGUGUUGAAUGUUCACUGACUCCCUGAAUCAUGCAGAAACUUCUUGCAAUUCAAAGCUCUUAUCCGAGCUCAUUGGCUCCCCAAUCAAGCAAGAGACUACUUGUGAUCAGGAGCUCUUAUCAUAGCUCAUUGUCUCCCUGAUUCACACACAAACUUCUUGCAAUUGGGAGCUCUUAUUAGAGCUUAUUGAUUCCCCAAUCAACCAAGGAACUACUUGUGAUCAAGAGCUCUUAUCAGAGCUCAUUCACUCCCUUAUUGACACACAAACUUCUUGAAAUUGGAAGCUCUUAUCAGAGCUCAUUGUCUCCCUGAUUCAUGCACAAACUUCUUGUGAUUGGGAGCUCUUAUCAGAGCUCAUUGAUUCCCCAAUAGACCAAGAAACUACUUGUGAUCAGGAACUCUUAUCAAAGCUCAUUGAUUCCCCAAUAGACCAAGAAACCGCUUGUGAUAAGGAGCUCUUAUCAGAGCUCAUUGACUCCCUGAUUCACACACAGACUUCUUGUGAUUGGGAGCUCUUAUCAGAGCUCAUUGAUUCCCCAAUCAAGCAAGUAACUACUUGUAAUCAGGAGCUCUUAUCAGAGUUCAUUGACUUACUGAUUCACAGACAAACCCUUUUUGCAACUGGAGACUCUUAUCAGAGCUCAAUGACUUCCUGAUUCACAGACAAACGUUUUUGCAAUUGGGAGCUCUUAUCAGAGCUUAUUGACUCCUUAGUCAACCAAGAAACUAUUUGUGAUGAGGAGCUUUUAGCUGAGCUCAUUGACCCCCUGAAUCAUGCAGAAACUUCCUGCAAUUGGGAGCUCUUAUCAGAGCUCAUUGAUUCCCCAAUCAACCAAGAAAGUUCUUUUAAUCAGGAGUUCUUAUCAGAGCUCACUGACUACCUGAUUGACGCACAAACUUCUUGCGAUUGGGAGCUCAUUGACUCCCCAAUCAACCAAGAAAAUACUUGUGAUCAGGAGCUCUUAUCAGAGCUCGUUGACUAUCUGAUUGACACACAAACAUCUUACGAUUGGGAGCUCUUAUCAGAGCUCAUUGACUCCCCAAUCAACCAAGAAAAUACUUGUGAUCAGGAGCUCAUAUCAGAACUCGUUGACUAUCUGAUUGACACACAAACUUCUUGCAAUUGGGAGCUCUUAUCAGAGCUCAUUGACUUCCCAAUCAACCAAGAAACUACUUGUAAUCAGGAGUUCUUAUCAGAGCUCAUUGACUACCUGAUUGACACUCAAACUUCUUGCAAUCUAGAGCUUUUAUCAGAGCUCAUUAACUCCCUGAUUUACACUGAUUCUGAUGAUGUCUAAGGUUGUAGAAACACCGCUGUACCCUCCAAAGACUACUCUUUCCAGGACAGUCUAAAGAUGCAAUCACCUAUUUUAUGUAUCACAGUAACCUUUCAUAUGUAGGUAUCUGUUGGACCUCAAGAGAAACUCAGAAGAAACACCUGACCCCAGCAAGGAAGCAGUUGUUGAUCAGUGGGUGGAGUGGGAGAGUAUAACCUUGCAGGUUAGUUUAUUUUGUUGGAAUCAAAGAAUCCUUGGCUUUUAUGACAAUUAUUAUAAAUUCCUAUCACCGGUAUAUUCUACACAGUAGAUCUAUAAGUUCACCAUAACUGUUUUGUUUUAAGGUGACUAAAAGUCUUGUUUCUGAUGAUCAUUUUAUAAUUUUAGGUUUCCAAAUGACAAAUUUUAAAAAGAUUUGAGUUUAAGGGUCUGAACAGUGAAAGUUAAGAGUAUGAAGGUUAAGGAAAUUUCCAAAUCAGCACAGGAGAAUGAAGGAUGGAGAAAAUGAACAUGAACUGCAUAUGAUCAACUUAAAGAAUUUCAGAUAUUUUUUUUUAAUUGGGCACCAAGGUGCACAUCUUUUGAAAAAGAUAUUUUAAUUCAUAUGGAUUGGGAGAAACCAUGCAUUGCCUUCCUUUAGGCUUUGCUAAGUGAUGAAAGUGAUAAUUAUGAUAAAUUUCAAUAAGCAACUUUGAUUCUUCCCCUUUGAUUUUUAAUGUUAACAUUUUGUUGACUAUAAAUUGUUCAUUGGCAAUCUGUCAUUGUUCUUGCAGCCUGUCCUCUUCAAACAUCUUGUAUCAUCUAUUGGCCUGGGUAGGCAAACAAGCGGUCACUUUGAUGAUCUGAUGAAAUUACUGACACAUGCUGAUCAAGCCUUAUCUGCUCACAAAUUUUUCUCUGGGGUGGGUUCUUUUAUAAAUAAUGUCACAUUAAAAAAGUUUUGUAUUGAUAUCCUAAGAAAUUCUUACACCAUGCAAAGCUACUUUACCAGCAAAGGCUACAAAAAAAAUACCAAUGUAGAAAUUGGCAAAAGAUGACCUGGUAAUAGCCCUUCUUUAAUUUCUGGAAGCCCUUUGUCAAGAGAGGGGAUACCCUAAAAGGUGUUUAAACUUGUUUUUACAAGUUAUUCAGUGAGAAUAAAAAUAUGGUUUAAUGUAGGAAGUGUAUUUUACAUAGCAGCUGACACAAUCUUUUUAGUAUCUAUGCUUUUGCAUAGUAAAUGAAAAAGGAGAACAGGGCUCAAAAGGUACCUGUAACACAAUAGGCCAUUUUUGAUAUGUUAAAAUUCAAACUUGGCUCUGAGGCUUGUGGGAAUAAAACAAAGGAAAUCACAUCAAGGUUGAGGGAUAAACAAUUGAUUAUUUUUUUUCAUUUUAUUCCCCCCUAGCCUCUGAGCCAUGUUGGAAUUUUAAUAUAUUGAAAAUGGCCUAUUUUUGGGCCCCAUUUGACGCUUGAACAUGAAUUUUAUGAAGCAUUUUUAUCAAAUUGAGGAAAUCCUGCAAAGCCACACCAUUGAAUAAACUGCACACUAUUUUGUUUAGAUAGAAUUAAAUAAUGAUAGUAGAGGCAAUGGUAUAAGAGGAUUAACAAAGCUUGCAAAGGAUCAACUUAGUUGACUUUGUAUCAAUUGUUCAUUUACUUCUCAGGAUCAACUUGGUUUAGCAGAUGUCAUUCUUUGGGGUUCACUUCAUCUUUUGUUUAUCUCUGAUUCAAGCUUCUCUGGUAAUAGUCAUUUUUAUUGUGUAUUCUGGUAGUCUAGUUGCAAUUUUACAUUAAGUAUCAAAUAUAGGUAACAGUACUUGUUUUAUUUAUUUACUUGAAGCUGCAGAUCCUCAGAUGAACAACGUUAAAAGAUGGUACGGCCACCUCAUGUCUCAGGAUGUUUUCCAUAAAAGUUCUUCUCAGGUGACAGGAGGCAAAGGAGUAUCUACUUUUAAGGUAACAAAAAGACAAAAGCUAGACAUUUGUAUAAGGGUAAAUUUCAACAACAACAUAAUUUUCAUGGGUCAAAAUUCUCAGAGCAUCAUGGAAAUGUUUCAGAAUUUACCUUCUCCCCCUUAAACAGGUGAGACACGGCGUAGCCUGAUGGUCUAUGUGGCACACAUAAGACCAAAGGUCCAGUUUCAGGAAAUGGCCUUCAAUCAUUUUGAUAUAUUUUUGGGCAGUACACUUUAUUUACCUCCCUACCCAAGAGUAUUGGGUACCAUCCGAUUGUUAGAAAACCUGACAAAAUACGGUGGGUAACCCAAAAUCUCGCUAGUAUCUCUCCUCACUGCCUGACAUACGAUUCUUACGAUGUUAGUUUGGACAUUUUGGAAAAUCUGGAGAAUUUGGUACUGCAUAAACCAAUAAUCCUCUAAUUGAUAAUUUUCAUUAUUCUCAUAACUUGUAAGGAGAAAUUCUGUCUUGGUCUCUGAUGGGCUUUAAAGGGUGAAGUCUUCUAUAGGUAGGUGGGGAGGGAAUGGAUUCGCUACGUUGAUGUUGGUCAUGAUCAUUUGGCUACAAAAGACUUUUCCCUUCACAAACGGGGCCAUUGCUAGUUUGAGUUAGAGAUUAUCGUUCUUCUUGUUGUAGGAUUCUUUGCUGGCCAUGUCUGGAACACAGGUUCCACCAAGUUCAAAACCGCAGGAAGUAACGAAAUCAAAACAGAGUAUAAAAGGUAUCAGCCUCAAUACAGUGUAGGGUAAUCGUUCACCAAAUAUAAAACAAAACUUACAGCAGCAAUACAGAACAAAAAACUGCUUACCUCAAAUCCUGCCAUUUUUUUCAAGUGGAGGUCACAUCACGCUUGGGGCUUGUAGAAACAUUUGGCCCAGAGUUCAUCAUGCAUCAUUCAUUUUGAUCUUUUUUCUUUUCUUUUUUAGCAUACUAUUUCAUUUUGAUAUUUGGUCUCCUUAGCGUAGAAUGUUGCAAAACGUGAUUUCAAAUAUCGUGACUCAGCUACUUAAAAUUAGGGUUGUCCCUUCACGUGAGUUGGUUAAUGGACUUCUUGUAGUUUACUUUGCCUUUAUGUGUGUUAGGGUGAUAAACUGAAGUUAUUGCAAUUUCAGUUAUUAACUUAAUUCAAUAUUCUUUAUGCUUCUCGUGUAAGGUAAUUCUCAGUUUACUGAGAAUGCUUUAUAGUCCGUGCUAAAUUUCUGUUUGAUAAGACAAUAUCAAUAGUUUUUUACUCAAACCUUGUUUAUAAAGGUAAAAGUCGCCUGAAAGAAAUCUAAAAGAUCUCCAGGUGUUUGAAGUCUCACUUCAGCUUCCGAAAAGUCACAGAAAGAUCCAGAAUGGUGUUAAUACAGAAAUCUCUGUUUGUGCUUUUGUUUUUUUAGGAUCACAGCCACCUCGUCAAGAAAAAGGGAAUGGUGUUCCACAAGACGAGGUAUGUUGCUGGUAUUUAAUUUAACGGGACUUUCAAUUUGCAAUUUUGGAGAAUUUUCAAAAGGAAAACAAAAAACCCAAGUAUAAAUUCCCACAUAAUUGGUUAAAGAAACCCCUGAGAUUUUUUGUGUCUUGCUUUAACCUCAAUGUUCUAUAUAUUGUUACUGAGCUAUGCGGCAUGAGACUCUAAUCCUUCCCACCCCACCCUCUCUUCCACUGCUCUGUUUGAUCUAACGAAACAUGAUAUCAUGGAACAUAAACAGUCGUCUAAAUUUGUUUCAGGCAGUUCAAGCCAGAGUUGCUUCAAGUGAGGAAAUCGCUGAAGCUGUCAAAAACUGGAAUCAUGGAAGCAAAAAUCGGCCGAAAAGUCGCCGGCUUGUGGACCCAAUGUAAGAACAAUUUUAAUAAAUGAGCAUAACUUUCAUAGCCUUACCAUGGAAUGUCACGCGACGCUCCCCAUCCUAAAAAUCAAUGUCACGCGACGCUCCCCAUCCUAAAGAGCAGUGUCACGCGACGCUUCCCAUCCUAAAAAGCGAUGUUAAGGAGACUUCAUAUCGCGUUGUCCACAUUUUUUCCAACCUUCGCCAACUGACUUCCGACUGACUUUCUUUCACAGUCUACCCAUUGAAGGAGAAAAGAAUAUCCUUAUCACGAGUGCCUUGCCCUAUGUGAAUAAUGUGCCUCAUUUGGGGAACAUCAUUGGCUGUGUCCUUAGUGCUGACGUGUUUGCCAGGUACGUUAACUAGUAACGCGAGCCAUGUUCUGGAGGAGGUUGUCGUUAAGAACUUUCUCAGCUCUCACUUUUGAUGUGAAUUACAAUCAUUGAAAUCCAGUGUCUUAUGUUUACUCAGUUUGCAAUGUUUCCUACCAAUUUUACCCCUAAACAAAGCUUUAUUAUCCUCAAAGUUUAUUUCGUGGCUGAUUGCUUUUGAAAUACAGUGUACGCGCAUGUGAUCGUCUUUUUUUUUUUUUUUUUGCUAGAAAUUAGAACUGAAUUUUUGUUAGAAAUAACCUUUUAUUGGUAUGAAACCUUUAAAGCGUGACUUCUUCCAGAUGAUGAAAACUAUAAAUGAUUAUACAUUAAACUAAUUUUGUCGACCAAUUUUAUUUCCUGACGAAUCUCGAAAGUGUCAAAGUCAAGAUUUUGACACAGGUCGGUGAACUGGUUAGGAAUGGUAAUCACUCAGCUGAGCAAUUCUAUGAAUCACAUUGAAAGGAUCCGAUUAGUAAUUUCAAAACGGACGAAGUGAAAAGGAAUAUUAUGUGGAGGGCUUUCGUAUUUAUGGGUUACAUAUUUUAUGCAAGCAUGUUAGUCCCUCAAUAAAGAUAAGCUUGACUGAUGAAGAAAUCUUUUUACCACAGUUUUUUGUCGUCUCUGCAUUGCUUCCUAGGUAUUGUCGCCUUCGUCAGUACAACACGCUGUACAUCUGUGGAACAGAUGAAUAUGGUACAGCCACUGAAACUAAGGUAAAAGGUCGCUCUAAGGGAGGACUAACGCUGGAAACGUCGGCUUUAGAAACUCUUUACGUUGGUUAAUUUACACUAUCGACUCAUUUUAUAAACCGAAUUAUCUUAUAGGCUGUUUAGAUUUUGAUAACAGCUCCUUUGUAUUGAGUAUCGUAAAACCAAACAAAUCAGAGCGGAGGUAAAUAUGAAAAGCCAAUUUUGGAUUAACGGAAAAUCGAGAAAACUGCUUUAAGCGCAAGAAACACGAGCAAACAAAUAGCACUUUGUAAUAACUGUUUUACAGCUGUUCAGUGGUUGAGAGGAUGACGCGAGUUCUGUUCAUUCUUAAAGAAAACCAAGCAAAACUAUCGCAUUCUCGGAUUUCUUUGUACGGUCAAACGAAUUUGAAUCACGCUGAAUCAGUUCUUAUUACUGAAAAGGAAGGCGAGAAAUUUAAAUUCUGAAAACGCUUUCGGACGUUUUUAAUAGUCACCUCCGACUUAAUUGAUUCGUAGUUGAUUACGAAAACAAAUGUGUCUAAAAAGGACAAGCCACUGUUUACUUUUCAACAGCAAACAGGUUUUACACCCGAAUCAUUUUUAAAAAAACCUGAAAAACUUAAGAAUGAUUUUGUACCUCCUUUGUUGGCCAUCUUAUUUCUUGUCGUAAGACCACAAUCUCUACAAUAGGGCUGUGCUCUAUCAAAGGCAACCAAACUUUUGUCCUUGUAUAACUUUGCUUUAUGAAAGUCUUUAAAAUUUAGGCAUCUGAUGAUUCCUCUAAAAUCACACCUUUUUUUACUAAACGUCUUUCUAAUGUCUUCUGUAGCACUGCGGUUGUUGAUGUGAAGUGUCAAUUUGACUUUCUUGUUGUCAAUUCCAGGCGUUAGAAGAAGGUCUUACACCUCAGCAGAUCUGUGACAAAUACUUCAAGAUUCACAAAGAAGUCUAUGAGUGGUUUAAAAUCAAGUUUGAUUUCUUUGGAAGGACAACUACACAACAACAGACUGAGUAAGUUUUUAAUGCAACAUUUUAGCUGUUUGCCUCUCACGUUCUCAGAAUUCCGAAACCUUUGUGAGUCUUUUCCUUGCUCUCUAUAAUCUCUCAAGCUACUAAAGUGUUUCCCAAGUUCUGUUGCAUAAAGCGACUAAAAACGAUCCCCUUUCUUACAGAUGGGAUGCUGGCUCAUUGCUGGUCACCCCCUCACCGAAAUUCUUCGAGUUUCCUUGACAUUUUCAAAAUGUCUGAUACUCAUUAAAAUCUAAGGUAGAGCGAGAGGCACCAUUCGAUUUGAUCCUUUAAUUCGCUGAUAAAAAUGUAAAUUCUUUGUGAAAUUUGAACACUUUAUCCAGUAAAUAUGUGAUGAGAAUAGACAAACAGAUCAGUUUAAACUUGUUGUCUUGAUUUGGCCUCAAACCCUUUUGCUUCUUGACAAGGAAAUGUAAAGAAGUUAAAAGGAAAAAUUACGAAUAUGAUUUGCGGAGGGAAAGGUUAACCAUUUAACUCCCAGAAGUGAUUAACAUUUAACUUCUCCCCAUAAUUUCUAAACAUUUUCCAGCAAAACAAGUGAUGAGGAUAUUCAAACCUAUCGGGUAGAAGUUGUCAUUUGUCGAUUGAACAUCAAACUCUUGUAACUAGUUUACAGGGAAAUCUGUUGCUACCAGAGGGGAGAAUUAACAACUAGAUCUCGGGAGCUUAAGGGUUGAAUGUCUUGCGUAAAAACACAUCACAGUCGCCUUGACUGAGGCUGAAAACCGAACCUUUGAUACCGGUGUCCAACUUGAAACUAUUAGGGUUUUGCGUUUCUCCCAUCAUGCUAAUGGUAAUAAACUUGUUCUGUUGUCACCAGAAUCGCUCAGGAUAUUUUCUGGCGUCUUCACAAGCAAGAUCACUUAGUGGAGGAUACACUAGAACAGCUGCAAUGUGUUGACUGUAAAAGGUUUGCCUAGCUCUUACUUUUUUGACCGCUAAAAAGUUUUUGUGUAAUUCUUCGGGUGGAGGUCGUCAGAGCGAGAGCAAACAACUUCCGAUUAUUUUUUCUUAUCAAUUACAGAUUUAGAGAACCUCUUAACUCCUUUUUGGUGAUACCAAUUGAUGACAAUUUGUUUCAACUUUCAAGUUUCUACAAUGCUACAUUUUUUUUUUGCCAAAGUUGUCGUUAGUGAUAAUUCGUGUCUUAUUUUGUUAUUCCAGAUUUCUGGCUGAUCGUUUCGUUGAAGGUACUUGUCCUUUCUGUAACUUUGAGGUGAGCUUUAUCUGAAGAUUUUAAAAACAUUUGUGUGUACUAGAGAUGAUUACUGUUAUUUAAAGCUGACUGGCCAGACUGCUCCAUUCUUAGAGAGAAUUCUGUUAUUAAUUAGACCUGUCAGCCACGUGGGUCAAUCAAUUCCCAAACUAAAUCAACCACUCUUGGGGCAUUUUCUGGAACAAAACUCAAAAUUAUAGAGAUCUCUCCACACAAUUCAAAUUAGUUUCUAAAUUAGACCGUCUGGCCGGCAGUUCCUGCUAAUGUCAAGCACCUAGUUUUUCUCUCUUUUUGUACUUUUGACCUUGAAACCCCUCGAGGACUAUUACUCGUUUUUCAUGCUUAUUGUUGCCAAACAGUUCACAAGAUCGUUAGGGCGACUUAGAAUUAUUCUGUCGGUUUUUACAGGAUGCCAGAGGGGAUCAGUGUGAUUCUUGUGGAAAGCUUAUAAACGCCAUCGAACUUAAGGUAAGACAAACCAAACCCUAGUGCUAGAUAAGAAUUUAAUUGUUUUGAUUUGAUGUUUAGGUUCCUAAUGUAGAUAUGCUUGACAAUUCUUACUCUUUGACUUUGGUUGGGACAUCCAUGAAGGUUCCAAUCACAUUUUCGUGAUAAAUUGGAAUUAGAUCUCUCAAGUUUGUGUUUUCUUGUCAUGCAAGAUCCUGGAUGUAACCUUGUGUUAUAGCCUGUCUUGUAGUCAACAGCUAUCAAUGUUAGCAAACACACUUAAGUAGUGGCCGUCGUCUAAGUACGAAAGCAUGAAGAUUUUAAGUUAUAGCAGAGUGCUAAAAAGUAGCCAUAUCAGUAGUUGGAGACAGGUGGUAUCAGUUGCGGAAAUAGCAGUGCAGUUAAGAGCUUUGUCGUCGGGUAGUGUUUUCGUUGUUUGAGCUGUUUCGUUGUUUGAGCGGUUGCGAAAGAAAGCCUACUUAAAACGCCGGCCAUUGUUUCGCUGGCAAAUUUUCAAAUUUUGUUGCGACAUCCAAGGCUCGCAUUUGAUUGGCUAUCUGUGAGUUUCUUUGAUUAUUGACCAAUCAGAAUAUCUGAUUUGUUACUUUCUUUGCACUGAAUUAACCCUCUUCUGCACUGAAUUAACUCUCUUCUGCACUGAAUUACCUGAAAACUGCAAUUAACUUAACCAAUCAGAACUGAGUAAUUUUUCCAUGUGUAUUAUUAGGUGUAAAAUAAAACGGGGGACUUGUAACAAUCUAAAUGACAUUACUUUUAAGAAACCUAGGUGUAAAGUUUGUGGAGGAACGCCAAAAGUGAGAAGUAGCAAGCAUUUGUUCCUGAACUUGACAAAGGUAUCGACAGAAUGAAUUAUUUUUCAUAUACAUGUCGGUCUUUAUUUUGGGCUCUUAGAUUGUACGAGUCUUCAAAAGUUUCUGGUAAAUAUCUCAUUCAGUAAUUCCUUUCCCUUUCAUUUUUUAGCUUGAGUCAUCCUUAAAAAGUUGGGUGGACAAAUCGUCUACGGAAGGUAAGAUAGAUUUGUCAGUCCCGAACACAAGCAAAUAUUCCACUUUGUUAUCCAACUGCACAAAGUAGAGUGCAAAUAACGCACGAAUAGAGUAUUUGGACAAUUGUUUAUUUUGUACUGUUAAAAAAACCUGUUUAACUAUUCGGCUGCGCGCGCUACGCUUCUCUAUCCGCUUUGCUUUUCCCACCUUAUGAGAAAUGAACUGAAAGACUUAGCAGAAAAAAAAGCAGUUGGAUCAUGAAUAACUUAUUAGAAGUUUUGGUGAGUAGUAUCGCUGAGUAUUUUUAUGAGCAGGCUCGUCAAAAUAUGGCACAUCUCAUUAAAAUACUCAGCGAUACUACUCACCAAAAUGUCUAAUAAGAUAUAUGUCUCAGUAAGAUUUCUCUUCAUGCGCCUUCCCAUUCACUUAUGCAGGAAUUUUCGAGAACUUUUCGCCGUAUUAGUUUUCUUCAGUUCCGUAUGUUUACCCGAUAUUAAUGGAAAGGGACGUCUUUGGGGAUUUUUUUUAGCCGGAGAUGUGUUUAGACCAAACAGUCGAUAUGUCUCUGUUUUCAAAUGAGAGCGAAUAAUACUGAAAUAGAUACGGGUCAUCGUUCUUCUCAAGAAGUAAGAAAUAUUUAAAAUCUCUUGUAACCGUCUCCACACUUGUCUUGUACUCUUUUGUGCUCUUUCUAGGUACAUGGACGUCAAACGCGCGCCAUAUUACCCGAGGAUGGAUCCAGGAGGGGCUCAGACCAAGGUGCAUCACGCGUGACUUAAAAUGGGGCACCCCGGUUCCUUUGGAGGGAUACACAGAUAAAGUCUUCUAUGUGUGGUUUGAUGCACCAAUAGGGUAGGAAGAUAUUUCGUUUCGUACUCGUAUAUUUGUUUUUAAAAGUUCAGAUUGUCACUUUUGUGGAGGACUCAUUUUUGUGAUUUUGCGCAUUUCUCUUUCUCUUCCCCCCCCCCCCAAAAAAAAAACAAAAAACAAACAAAAAAAAACGAGAUUUUCGGGUCCGCAAGAAUAAGUAGGCAUGAUAAGUAAAUAUUUACACGAGAUACUUCGUCUGCACUUGAAAACGGAUGGCAGACUUUUUUAUCUGCCUAGUCAAAUCAUGACAUUUUCAUCUCUCAUUUGGGAAAAAAUAUAAAAAAAGACCGUAAGGUUUGCUCACAAACUACGUACAAUGCCCAGAAAUAAGGUGUUUGUUACUCAUGUCAGCGUCAUAUACCGCUAUAAUCUUUAAACCUGUUCAAUUUUUUUUUUCUCACUUGUAACAAAGGUUUUCUUCGACUUGUUGCGCAGUUUUAUAACUCUCUUGUUUCUGUUUCUCUUGUAUCUCAGAUAUCUUUCAAUCACAGCAAAUUACACAAAAGAAUGGGAAAAAUGGUGGAAAAACCCUCAACAAGUGAGUUAUAAGUCGUCAUUCGUCUCAUAUUCGAAGAAACACAACGGGCUGUGAAUUUCGAAAGACACUGCUCUCCUAGGAAACUUUGCGUACAAUUUGUUCCACAGUUUUGAUACUCCAGUUGUUGCAAGACAGCUCUGAUGAAACUAAGCUUGGUGAAACACAUCGAGAUACGUUCACAGUAGGGGUCACAUGCUAGGCCAGUCUUUACGAAUGAAUAUUCGAAGCAACUUGCGAGAAAACUCUUCUUUGCCAGCCAAGUAAUAUGUUUUCUUGAAGUGAAACGUCCUUCUUAAGUGGGAAUGUUCAACCAGCCCCACCCCUGCUCCCCUUCCUCUAAGAAAAACCCUACGAUGACGCAGUUUGUUAAGGUCACUUUAUUUCCCAAUAUAACUGUUCUUGGAAACAGCACGGCUAGGAAGUUCGGUUCGUUUUUAGCAAUUCACUGAAAUAUCUAAGUACCUGGUAAGUUGUAGUAUUAGCGGAUACGAAGGGUUCUCAAACCGCAUUAUUCUGUCUGUGUGCCUGACAGGUCACUCUUCAUCAGUUCAUGGCAAAGGAUAAUGUCCCUUUCCACACUGUUGUGUUCCCGUGCACUCUGAUUGGUGCAGACGACAACUACAGCCUACUGAAUUCCAUUAGCGCAACAGGUGAGCACUCUUUUGGAAAAAAAUUCAAAUUACCUAUAUUCAGCCGUUCAGUCCAAAAAGAGAGUGCGCAGGUUCAGCUUAUAGUUUGACCUCACACGCUGUCUGAAUCAAAUCACAAUUUGACAUGUUACAAUUUCUUGUGACUUGACGGAAGUUUAUUCUCUCUUGGUGCAAGCUAGUUUUAGUCAUUAAGCGACUCAGCCUGAGGACCGACAUUAAGAGAGUCAAACCUUUGAUGCAUGUUCCAAGGGACGUUGAUAUAAUUGGCAUUAAUAUCAAGAUGACAGUCGUGGUUAGAGACCACCUUGUUAUUCCCUGGCCAGAAGUGCGGGCAUUAUUUUGUGCAGCAACGCUCAUAAACAUUUGACGACGCCACUUUGCCUAGUUUUUCUCAUUUUCCAAGAAUUAUUUUGUAGUAAUGUCGAUCUUCCUUUGUGAUUCUCAGAAUACCUUAAUUACGAAGACGACAAAUUCUCAAAGAGUCGUGGACUAGGGGUGUUUGGUAAUGAUGCAGCCGACACGGGUAUCCCGGCAGACAUCUGGAGAUUCUACUUGCUAUAUAUGAGACCUGAGAACCAGGUAAGCGUGCAGCACCUUGUUGCCAGCUUUCAACUCCCUUGAGUCCAUCGAUGCUUCAUGUUAUUAGGCACGUGCAACAUCAAAAAGACUCAAAACUGAACACUUACCAGUCAGUAGUUUACUUUUUAUCUUAGUGUCAUUGCUCCGAGAUACCUGCACUAAGAUUUUCGUCAAAAUCAACCUACUUUUUUUAUCCUGUAGUAACGUAAAUUUUGAGGUAAAAAGUGGGGUCCCGGCGUUCUUUAAGGAACAACAGUACUUUGUACAUACCCAUGCAAUUCCCAGAAUAUUAUGACGAUUAUAUUUAUGAGUACUUGCUAAAUUCGUGUUUCCGAAAAUUGUUCCUUUUCCUACACUUAGAAUUGGUUUAUGUUUAUUUUAUGGAAAGAAAGUGAGUGCUUAAUUCCAAGAGAGAGAGAAAAUGUUUUAGAUAAAAUGUCUCUCUGGUUUGCUCCUACCAUAGAGAAAAAGGUGUCGAUAUUUAAUGUACGCGCGCUUGUUACGUGUGCACAAUAAGGAUGUGCAAUGCAAUACUGCUCAAUUCAAUUUUUAUUUGUUAGCAAUACAAAAUUAUCACAGACCUAGGUGACCCGCAAUUAGCAAGCUAUUCUAGGCGGGCCACCCUUCUAAAACAAGUGCUGUCUCUGCUAAGGAUCACAUACCGAUACAAUUAAACAAAGAUAAUCAUUAAUAAAAAUACAAUUGUUAAAUAAAAUAAAAUAAAAUUAAGUCCGUUGAAUAAUUAAAUAAUCAAUUGCAAAGUUAUCAAGAUAUAUAAUACAAUUGAAACAAGACUUAAACGAAGAGUUACUUUAUCAAGAGAUAUUUACAAAUUUCAGAGCAACGUAUAUCAACAUUCAUCUCCUCAAUUUCCAAAAGUUUUAACAGGCGAUUUUUAAGUUCACGCUUAAACGGGGUUCUGUUUUUAAUACGAAGUUCUUUUGGGAUGCUAUUCCACAAUCUUACACCUAUUCUAGCAAAAGAAAAUAAAAGUUGGUUAGUUCUAGACGCUUUAACGUACAGAUUAGCCGUUGCUGAGAAUCUUGUGAAAUGGUGAUGAACCUGCUCGGAGUGGAUAAAGAGCAUAGAAAUAUUAGACGGGGCACGGUGAUUAUCAAUGUCAUGCAUCAAAGAGGAAACCAAAUGAGAAUAGAGCAUAGUUAUUGGUAAGAUUCUGGAGUUAACAAAUAGCAGGGCACUAUGAGAUUUGCUAUCCGCAAAAUACAUUAGUCGUAGAGCACGUUUUUGUAAAAUGAGAACCUUAUUUAAAUGAGUGUUAGCAGCUUGUCCCCAGGCAAUAAGACCAUAAGAGAUAUAGGGUUCAAUUAAGGAGCGGUAGAUGUUAAGAAGUGUGGCAAAUGGGACAAGAUGUCUUAACCUGGCAAUUAUACCAAUUCCUUUACUAACUUUAGAUGAGAUAUAAUCAAUAUGAUACUUCCAAGAGAGGUUAUUAUCUAUCAGAAUUCCUAGAUAUUUCACAAAAGUUUUUUGUUCUAGAGAUACACUUUUUUAAGAUCGUUAUUAUAAAUUUUCAAGUGAACUAUGUAGUCCAAUUUGCGUUGGUAAGGAUGGAAAAUAACAAAGUUAGAUUUACUAGUGUUAAGAGAAAGUUUGUUUGCGUCCAACCAGUCACCCACUUUUGCGAGUUCAUCAUUAACAACUUUUUCAAGAUCCUUAAGAUCUUUGUUUGAAUAAAGCAAGUUAGUAUCGUCAGCAAAUAGGUAAAACUCAAAAAUCUGGGAGCAACGGUAAAUGUCGUUAACAUAAAUCAAAAAAGAAGGGGCCAAGUACAGACCCUUGAGGGACACCACAAACUAUCUCUUCUAUAUUCGACACGGUUGAACCAAUUUGAGUCGACUGGUUCCUGUUCAACAAGUACGAAGAGAACCAGUUAUUAAUUAUUCCUCUGACUCCAUAAUGAUAUAAUUUGUGCAGUAAGAUUGAGUGAUCCACCGUAUCAAAAGCCUUUUUAGGUCAAUAAAAAUACCACAAGAGAAUAACUUUGCAUCAAUAUUAGUUUGAAUUUUGCUUAAGAUAUCUAAAAUUGCAUGUUGGGUUGAACACUUGUCUCUAAAUCCAUAUUGAGAAGUAAAAAAAGAUACCGUUUUUUUCGCAAUGUGAUUUAAGACGUUUAGCCAUCAAUUUCUCAAAUAAUCGAUUGAAGACAGAAAGGAGGGAAAUUGGGCGGUAAUUACAUGGAUCAGUUUCGUCUCCCGAUUUGUAGAUAGGAAUUACUUUGGCAUGCUUCAAAAGAUGGGGAUAAAUACCCGUUGAGAUAGACUUAUUCAUCAUGGCAGCUAAGAGUGGAGAAAGGAUAUGGCGCCCAGAUUUUAAAAGAUGAACCGGGCAAGAAUAUAGGCCAUAUACUUUAUUACUGGGUAUAGCCAAGAUUUCCAAGUCCACCUCGGAUGGAACGACGGGAUCAAAAAGAAAGACUUAAAGUGAUUAGUGCCGACAAGGUAGUCCUGGAAAUUUAUCCUGGAAGGUGAUAUAUUGCGUGCAAGCCGCGGUCCAAUAGACGCAAAGUACUGAUUAAAGAUAUUGGUUAUUUCAGACGGAUUUUGUGUUACUCCAGAGUUGUUAGAGCGUUGAAGGGCUGAUACUGUUUUUCUGUUACGCUGUCUGUUCAAUAGUUCAUUAAUCCCCUCCCACGUUUUUUUUUAACAUUUCUUAGAUUUGUAGUGAAGUAAGCUUCAUAAUACAAUCUUUUACUGAGACGAGAAAGAGUAACAAUUCUAUUCCUAUACAGCUUAUAUUUUGAGAUAUCUCCUGAAUAAAAGAGUCUAUUCUUUAUUUUGAUAGAUUUACGUAGGCCCUUAGUUAUCCACGGUUUGGAAAAUUGUUUAGCCUUGCGCCUAGAUAAGAUUUUGAGAGGAGCGUGUUUAUUAAUGAGCUUGUUAAAUUUAUUGUAAAAAAGGAAGAAAAGCAUUUGUCUACAGAUCCAUAUGUCAUUGAGUUAUCCCAAUCAGUAUCCAAGACAUCAUUAAUAAAGCAUUCUUCAGAGAAGUUGGAAUAAUCGCGAAUUUUAUGUUUAGCAGUAAAAUUUUUUGGUAUAAGACUGUGGAUAAAACAAAAUUGGGAGUAGUGAUCACUAAUGUCUGACACGAUAUUUCCACCUGAAAUUUUAUGAUCAAAUCUAUUCAGAAAUAUAUUAUCAAUGAGUGUGGCAGAAUUAUUGUAGACUCUAGUUGGUUUAUCAAUUACCGGGAAGAACGAAUAACAUUGUAAAGAUAACAAAAAAUUUUGGGAGUAAUCGGAAAUUUCAGAUUUGAGGAGAUCAAUAUUGAAAUCGCCCAUAAGAUAAACAACUUUAUCAGAGGAGCUAAGUUUUUCUAAAGUAAAGUCAACAUAAUGGAGGAAUUGUUCCGGAUCAUUAUGCUGCCUAUAAAUCACUCCACAAACGAUAUUUUUACUCUUUAGGGAUUCAAUUUCGAUCCAUAAAGCCUGAAAAGCGUCUUUAGAUGUUCUCUCCAGAACCUUAUAUUUCAAACAAUUAUUAAUGUACAUUCCAACACCUCCACAUGAUAGAGGUGUUGGGACAUAUUCAAACUGAUAGUUUGGUAUGCAGGCAUUGAAAUCUAGCCCAGAUGAAUUUGUAAUUUUUGUUUCUGUAAUACCGAUUACACUGAAUUGGUAGUCAAGUUCAUCUAAAAGAUGGACUUGAAAAUUAUCAAUGUUUUUCCGCAAACUUCUUACGUUAGUAUGAAGCAUAGAGAAAGGACAUUGACUAUCUGAUUCAACAAAGACUCUUUAAACAUAGAAAAACUAUAGGGUGAGAAAUAUUUACAUCUAAUUUGUUGCAUGCUUAAGUUUCUGUCGGGAUUUAAUGUUGAUUCGGUAUUUAAGCGAAACAAAUCUAAAUCAUAAAUACUAUGAAGUUUGUCUAAGUACUUCUUGGUCGGUAAGUCACUGUUGAGAAUGUUAUUAAACUGUCCAUGAGCUCUAAUAAUUUCAACAUUCGCGUAUGGAAGUUCGCUUAGGGUAGAUUUAAUUGUACAACGAACACGUUUCUUGCUAACACUCAUACUUAUUAUCUAAAAACAGACAAACAACUCUACAUCAACAUGAAUACUUAGCCUUCACGUCCAUUCGUUAAUCGGUGCAGGUCCGUGAUAUCCUUAAUCUUGAUGGCUCGAGACGUGGUAUCUUUACGAAGAUAAACAAGCGAUCCCUUCGACCAGCAAUACUGAUAGUGAAACUGCUCCUUGAACCUCUUAGCUUCAAAUAAAACCUUUUGCAUCCUUGGCGUUAAAUGGUCAAAAAUUCUAACAGCGGAAAGGGAGGCAUCGUCAGGUAAACCAACAGCAGAUGGGGCAACUUUACUUGCAUUUUUUUUUAUGAUUCAUGACAUCAUCUUUUGACAAUCGUCUAAUAAAUCGGCAAAUGAUUGGCCGCGGGCCGCCAUUGUCAUUGCUUCUCGUUGGGACUCGAUGGGCUGUGUCAAUGUCAUGAAUUGAUACAGCGGAUCCAAUUGCCUUAAAUAAACAUUCACAUAGCGCACUCGUAGAAGCCGAGGAUUCAUCUUGACUCAAUUGAGGGACACCAACAAUCUUAACAUUAUAUUGAUAACUGUACUCUUGAAAUUCAUCGAUGCUCCUGGAAACUCUGUUAACUUCAACAGCAAUCUCAUCAAGCAUGGCACCUAAGCGAUCAAGUUCUUUACCAGCAGAGACCCUGAAUCGCUCAAAGUCAUCAUAUUCUUUACUCAUGAAUUCUAAGCUAUGCUCUACUUCGUCAUUAGUCGCUGCAGGUUUUUUUGACUGCUCCAGCAGCAUCACCUUCAUCUUAGCAAUCUCAUCCGCCAUGACAGACAGUUGAUCUUUAAGCUUACUGUUCUCUCUCUUAAGGCUAGCAACAGACUCGGGCAUUCUUGAAUCUCUCAGAAAGCAAAAAAAGAAAAACGAUCGUGAAAAAAGAAACGAAAAAUUAUCCAAAACGAAACGAAAAAUUAUCCAAACUUGAUUAAGAUUAGCGGAGCUCGUAAAGUAACGUCCGUCCUGAUCAACUCACCGCUGACCAGCUUAAUGACCUUACAAGAUGACUGCGGUAUAUUGGAAACUGUGGUACUUAGAAACUCUCAAUAAAUGUGCUUGCUAAUAUAGCAGUCUCUUAGUUCUCUUUCUGCCAUUAACAGGAUAGUGCUUUUAGCUGGACGGACUUUGUGUCACGGAAUAAUAGUGAACUACUCAACAACUUUGGUAACUUCAUCAAUCGGUACGUUGUUAUUAUUUGGAUUGAGCUUUAGAGCGUUUAGCGAUUGACUGUCGUAGAACAAAACCUCAAGUUAUCAUGGAGGCCGUUAACAACAACGAUUAAAAUUAAAAGGACUCACUGGGUUUUAAGUUGCAUCCUAACAUCAGUAUGCAUAUUUAUUUUACGGUUCUCUCUUCAUUUCUUAUGGUACUGCCACGGUUUUUUUAAACAACACUCUUGAGCUUUUUAGAUAGCGAGAACCUGCUGCAUUUUCUUGACCUUAUUAUUUGAUUUAGCGGUAAUACUGUGGCGGGAGUUGAAAUUUUUGUCACACUUCAGUGCAUGCUUUUUAGCUAAUCAGGAGCAAAGCCAAAAACCAAUUGCAAGUUGGUCGCCUGCAAUUUCCCGCGCUUUAGGCUUUUUGCUUUUGGUUACAUUGAGCUCCCAUUGGCGCCUUAUGAUAUAUUUAUUUGUUCUGAUUGGACGCCGUGAUUACUUUGGUUUUAGUCUCAUAACGCGCAAUCGAAAAGCGGUCUAAUGCAACAUAUUUCCUAACUAACUUUCUCAUUUCUUCAUGAGUAACGAUUACCUACUUUUUUCUUCAGAGCCCUCAUGUUUGUACAGAACUUCUUUGGUGGUGCCAUACCCCUCAUAGAUUUGACUGAUGAGGACAAGAAUUUCAUAGCUCUUAUCAAUAAAGAAUUGAAGACGUACAUCGAUGAUCUGGAGAAAAUGAGGUGAUUCGGGGGCUACAACGGGAAAAAACAACAACAAAAAGAAUGGCCUUAAACGAUAACAAGUAUACAAAAUAGUAUACGUAUCCCACUGUAUUUUGUGGCGAGCGGUUAUUCAAUAUUCUGAUCAAGUUUUGAAGUCGACAUAUUGGAUUGGUGUCUUCAAGGAAAGCUGGCGCGAAUAAAAAUCUUACUAGGGACGUGGUGGUGAGAGUGACAGACCCCUCAUACCCCUCCCCUUCCAAAAGUUUGUGCGCCUCAGGCCUCUGAAGGAGAAUGGGGCGUAGUUGAUACCACGAACCUUAUUUUAUGUUAUUUCUGUUCAGUCCAUUGUAUUGUUGAUUUAUGUUUCGCAAACUUAGCCUAAAUUCUUAAAAAUUUUCUUGGCAGGCUCCGAGAAGGAUUAAGAGGCGUGCUGAACAUAUCUAAACUUGGUAAUCAGUAUUUUCAAUCCAACCAGCCAUGGGUUCUCGUCAAGGGUAGCGAAUCAGACAGGUAAACGUGCAAACUUCGAAUAAAUGAAUUGAGUUCACUUGUGAAGCUACUUAACUAAUAGCCUUAUAGGAGUUUCUGUGGCUCAGUUGUGAUAAAAUUUUAUUGUGACGUAACUGUGUCUUCUACACCAAGUAAGAGCCGAAGGUCUAAUGUUCGAUUCCUCAUAGGGACUCUGAAAUUUUUCUUUGUACCAUGUUCGUGACAAGACGGGAAAACGUCUCUUUUUAGUAGAUGCGCUUAUUGCAAAAUUACGCCGAUAGUUAGUAUGUCAUUUGUUUUUGUCAAUCCGCGGGUUUUCUUAUUCCCCGGAUCUUCUCGUCCCGCGGGUCUCCUCAUCCUACGGGUCUUCUCGUCCCGCGGAUCUUCUCAUUCUGCAAGUCUUCUCAUCCCGCGGGUCUUCUUAUUCAGCGGGUCUUCUCACCCCACGGGUCUUAUCAUCCUACGGGUAUUCCUAUCCUCAGGGUCUUCUCAUCCUACGGGUCUUCUCAUCCCACGAAUCUUCUCAUUCAACGGGUCUUCUUAUCCCGCGGAUCUUCUCAUCCAACGGGUCUUCACAUCGAAGGGAUCUUCUCGUCCCGCGGGUCUCCUCAUCCUACGGGUCUUCUCGUCCAGCGGAUCUUCUCAUUCUGCAAGUCUUCUCAUCCCGCGGGUCUUCUUAUUCAGCGGGUCUUCUCACCCCACGGGUCUUCUCAUCCUACGGGUAUUCUCAUCCAAAGGAUCUUCUCGUCCUACGGGUCUCUCAUCCCACAGAUCUUCUCAUCCACGGAUCUUCUCAUUCUACGGGUCUUCUUAUCCCACGGAUCUUCACUUCCAACGGGUCUUCCUAUCCUAUGGGUAUUCUUAUCUAAGGGGUCUUCUCAUCCUACGGGUCUUCUCAACUUGCGGGUCUUAUUUAAUAAUGCAAGAAACCUUGUGAUAUUUCAGCGAGCUAUAAUUACAUGGUGGCGCGUGUCUUUCCAACGGUCUUGCCACCGCUGAAAAGGCUAAAAGGAACUUCCUCAGUUACUUUUAGGAACACUUCGCGCUACCCUCACCUUAUCGAAUGCAAAUUUUAAACGUACCGUGACUCUGCUACUUACCUUUUCUGCGCGCUUCAGGCGGUUUGCGUACCUCAACCUUUGAUAAUAUCAUUUGCACUUUUCGGGAGUUAUGAUAACUUCGGUUUUAAUUUUGUGAUUUUCAUUGGAAUAGCAUUCCUCAGAAGCAGUUGGUCAUUGUGUUUAUAUUUAUCCCCAGGUCACGUGCCGGCACAGUUAUUAGCCUCGCGGCAAAUCUCUCCUGGCAGCUCUCUGUUCUUAUCCAUCCCUAUAUGCCAGGUGUAAGUGAAGAGAUUCAACGCCAGCUACAGGUAGGUCCGUUUAGCGUGCAAAGAUAUUUCAAAAUAUUUUAGAAACUCUUUUAUCACCAGUGGCGAUUGACAUCUAGAUCUUUGUUGCUGCACACCAAAUCGUAAAAAAUAAGAGGUUAGGGCGGUAAGAACUGAGAGUUUUAAUUGGGAAUACUGUUCUAAUAGACACCUAACUCUCCAAUGAUUACGUCAGCGUGUGUUAAGGGAAGCUAUUGUUGGCAGUCAAUUCUUAGGCCUGCAAGGCUUCUGUAAGUUAUAUUUUGUUUGAGAAUUAAAGAUUAAAACUCACCGACGCUAAUCUUGGUGUUGUAGGUCUCCGACGAUGGAAAUGUUGUCUUGGAUAACUUCAUUCCUUAUUUACAGCCUGGUCACAAAAUUGGAAAGGUAUGGACAAAAUUUCAUCAUGUGUGGAAUUGAAUGACAAACAAAGCAAACAUGCAAUCUUCAGCCACAUUUUUAAGUUGUUUUAACACAGUGGUGGACUCUUUUCAGGUCUAAGCAAAUGACAGCAAAGUAGAGGACAAAUUAGCAUGAAAAAGUGAUCCAUGAAGACCAGUAGUGUCACAGUCGAAAGGUCGAUAUAAACUUAAUUGAUGCCCUUACUCUGUAUCGGGAGACAAACGAUGGAACGUUCAUUUAUCUACAAAAUCAUGUUUUAAAAAGUAAACGUUUUCUAUAGAAAAAAUAUUGGAAACUAAAGGUCACUUUAGUUGCUGUGGAAAUGGAAGAGGUCUCUGAAAGAUGCAUGUACUCACAGCAUCUGUUGUGGAGAAAAAUACACUCAACCUCGUUCACGUAGAUAAGGAGAAAAUCCUGAUCUUCGGGCUAAGUUCAUAACAAAGUUUCGUCGGUUCUUUUGCAAAUUUUUCAUGGAAACCGCCUAGAUUGACUUAUUUUUGACAUUAAUUUGGUGUAUUGAAUGAUACUAAGUUUGUUUUGUUUAAUUUAUGAUUAAGCCUAAACCGCUGUUCCAAAAGAUUGAUGCGUCCGUUGCUGAUCAAUUUCGCGCAAAGUAUGGCGGAAACAAACAAAAACAAAAAAAACAAACUGCAGGCGAGGAAGCAGCUAACACUUCUGACGGGAAUGCCGCUGACAUGGACGUGGCAACAUUGCAAGCAGAGAUUACCAAGCAGGUAAGAGGCACAAUGUGUUAGCCAACAUGAAACAGCAGAGUGGAAAAUUGUGUCUUAUUUUGAUAUCCAUCGUCUAUGAUGAGCGACUAGUACGUGUUAUUACCAAUAACAGAGCUAGACAAGAAGGAGGGUUGUCUCUCGAGUUUCACAAACACAACACUACGUGAAAUAUGCCUCAUUCGGACGAUAACACCACACAAUCGACCAUGUCACCACGUCAGAUAAAUUACUGGUCUGUUAGAUUCCUACCCCUAAUGAAAAUAUGAGAGAAAAUAAUUCAUUUAAAUUCUAGAAUAGCUGAGGUAUUAGAGCAAGCUCUUUAGUCAAUAAAAUAGAAAUUAAGAGUUCAUUAAUGUUAUUAUUAUUUGUUUUUUUAAGUGAUUGUCUUUGUAAGAACAUCAUUCAGUUAGUAACUCAGAAAAUUACAAGUCAAACAAUGAACAUUAUUGGAGAAGUGAAAGGCAAAUCCAUAUUUGCAGGCGUUGGUAUGAUUGUGGAUAAGUAAAGGGCGUCAACCACACAAUGUUCACAAUUGUUUUAAACUUUGAACAGCAUUUCCGCGUCUUCAGGUUAAGCGAAACAUUGUGAAAUACCCAAAUAAAAAUUCAAUUUAUGGGUCCUGAGAUAAAAACGCUUGAUUCAUUAUUACUUGGCUUUACAAUCCUCAUACGACAUUUCGGAUUCAGGUGCAUCCUACGCUGACAAGAACUACGCUCCAAUUUGGAUUCUGUUUCAUAACGCUAACAAAAGUGAAUGUAUGUUUUAGGGCGACAAGGUUCGUAAACUGAAAACAGAAAAAGCUGAGAAGGAAAAAGUAGACGCUGAAGUGGCUAUUCUUCUGGCGCUUAAGAAAAAACUGGCCGUCGCCGAGGGAAAAGAUCCAAACGAACAAGAAAACAAUUCAAAAGGGAAAAAGAAAGGAAAAAAGAAGUAA